AUGGCAACAGUGCCCCUGGUGGUUUUCAACAAUGGACACACUUGCCCCAUAAUUGGACUGGGGACCUGGAAGUCAAAACCGGGCGAAGUAACCCAGGCUGUGAAAGACGCCAUUGAUAUAGGCUAUCGACACAUCGACUGUGCGCACAUUUACGGCAACGAGAAGGAAGUCGGUGAAGCGCUGAAAGCUAAAUUCGAUGAGGGAAAAAUAAAAAGAGGAGAUAUCUUCAUAACAUCAAAGCUAUGGUGCACGUUCCAUAGACCAGACCUCGUCGAAGGUGCCUUGAAGACCACCCUGGACAACCUCGGCUUGGAGUACUUAGAUCUUUACCUCAUCCACUGGCCACAGGCUUUCAAAGAAGAGACCGACCCGUUCCCAACAGACGAGAACGGAAAAGUCAUUCCAUCGGCAGUAGACUAUGUAGAUACUUACAAAGCGAUGGAGAACCUGGUCGACAAGGGUCUGGUGAGGAGCAUCGGCGUCUCCAAUUUUAACAAGAAGCAGCUGGAUAGGGUGCUGGAGGCUGCUAGGAUUAAGCCAGCUGUGCAGCAGAUCGAAGUCCACCCUUACCUGAACCAGCAGAAGAUGUUCGAUUACUGCAAAUCUCAUGAUAUCGUGGUGAUCGCGUACUCGCCUCUCGGUUCCCCAGACAGACCCUGGGCGAAGCCUGGAGACCCCAGCCUCAUGGAAGACCAGAGGCUGAAAUCGAUCGCUGAUAGAUAUAAUAAGACCGUACCACAGAUUUUGAUUAGAUACGCAAUCGACCGUUCGCUGAUCGUGAUCCCGAAAUCUGUGACGAAGAGUCGCAUCGAGCAGAACUUCGACGUUUUCGACUUCCAGCUGUCUCCCGAAGACCUGGAGCUGAUCUCCACCUUUGAAUGCAACGGGCGUCUUUGCACCAUGGGCGACACCCACCACCCGGACUAUCCCUUCCACGAGGAGUUUUAA